AUGGAGGCGCCCGCGGCUGCUAGCCGCCCGCCGGGAGCUGCCCUGGGGCCCCGGGGACAGAGUGGUGACUCUGCCCGAGGCAGUGGCGCCUCGCCCCCUUGGGGCCCGGGAACAAAGCGCGUCCUCCCCCAUCUCGGGAGUGCGCUGCGAGACCUUCAGGCGCCCCGGACCCGGAGGGCGAAUCUGCUGGCCCCCAACCUCUGGGGAUCGGACCCCAGGGGUCGGGGUGACAGCUGCGUGCUACCGAGCUACCUUUUGGCCCCCCGAAGAUCACUCCCGCGCUCCCCAUCCCUACCCCCCAUCCCGGAGGUGUCUCUGAGGCCGGGGGACGACCAGAUGGCCCCAUUUAAAAGGAUCGUCCCCUUUUGUUGGGGGGCCGAAGCAGCGCCCAGGCCAAUUUACAUAGGAAAAUGGGGUUUGUGUCCCCAAUUCAGGGCGGUGCCCCGACAGCUGGUGGUUCUGUCAUCGUGUCAGAACCCCACAGCGUGA